GUUUUUUCUGACAUAAAAAAAAUAUAUAUAUAUAUAUAAUUAAAUUCUUGUGCUGAAUAAUACAUAUUUUGUGUUAAAUAGAUGAAUAAUUAUAUAACUUUUGUCCACAUUAACCUUAAUAUUUAUAACAUUAAGAAAAGGGCUAAAUAUUGCUUAAUUAUGGAAAACCCAUCUAGAAAUAUUUUAUAAUGUUUCGAAAGAAAAGAUCGUCACAUGACUUAUGUUUACAUUCGAGAUAGUGAUUUAAGACGACUCGUUACAGUUGACAAUACUAAAGGUGUAAAUAAUUAGAAGAUGGAUUCGUACAAAACUGUGGUACAAGGAGAAGCAUCGGAAUCUGAAGAUGAUGAAGAAUUAGAAAUCGAUGUUAGUUUUAGAUAUAUUUAAAGUUAAACACAUUUAAAAGUAGUUUAAGUUUAAAUAUGGAAAACCCCUCUGACACAACUACUUCACUACUAACUCACACACACGCCUCCUGUGACAGUUUGACUCAAAUCGUUCUGCCAUUUCUCAGACUGGUCAUCCAGUCCACUUUCAAAUUAUUCAAUUUAAAAUCAAUCAUUCAUUAAUAAAUGAUUCAAAAUAAUCUAAAAAGUAAUUUCUUUCUGACCUUCUGAUCUUUGCUUUCAAUAGAGUAUAGAGUGACUUGAGUCAAUGCCCAUUUUCUUUUCAUUUUUUAUAUUUUUUAUUAUUUAUGUAUGAUAAUGAUAUAAAUUUAUGUAAAUUUAAUUUAUAAUUGUAUAUAUAUAAAUGUUUGGCUAAUUUGGAGAGAUAAAAUCAUUUGCGUGUUCAUUAUAGUUGCAGUGCAUAAGGGUUCAGACUAGUAGGUUGAGGGAUAAAUUUAGGGUUCAGGUUAGGUUUAGGGAUACAUUUAGUUUAGGUUUAGUGACACAAUUAACUGGUCUUGUCACCCAAGAUGGGGGCCAUGUGGCCAAAUUUUAAUUUUUUUGUUGUACGGAUUACUGAUGAAGUCAUUUGCCUAAACUGCCUUUGAAUUUGUAAAGGCUAAUAUAUUGUCAAUUGAGACAAUUGUCUAUUCAUAAUGAAAGGCAUAGGUUUACAUUUUUUUUUUAUUUACCCAAAUGAAUCUCAUUAAUAUACUUAAAAGCUUUAUUGCAGUCCAAAACACUCACACUAAUUUAAAAUUAUUAUUCAAUUUAUUUUUUAUUACUAACGUCAGUAACGUAAUACCAUAAUUUGUCAUGACUAAUAAUGUAAAACAUUUGUGAUUCAAUUUAUCAAUUAUUAAAUGCUUAAUAAGGUAACAAUUGUUCAAUUUGAAAUAUGCUUCAUAAAUGAUUAACCUAUCAGAAUCAGAGUCUAUCUCUUUCCAGGAUAAACCAAAUGCUGUUGUUGUCGCAGGAGAAGCUUCUGAAUCUGAGGAAGAAGAACUUGAUACAAGUUUAUCAACAUCUAGGAAAGAUAUUCCUCCUUUGAAGUGCAAGUUUUAAUUCAUUUUGUUUACAAUUAACAUAUCUCUUAUUACAGUUUUAUUAUCAAAUAUUUUCACACAAUCAUGUCAUUGAAUUUAUUAUUGCACCAUAUUUCAGAAUUGCUUUUUAAAUAAUUUUUAAAUAAAAGUCUCAAAUUUGAGCUUCCGUUCACAGGCCUUAACCAUUAAUCAGGCAGGACUAAAAUGAAAUAAUAAAAUUAUCAAAUACAACUUCAAAAAGACAAAAGAAAAGUAAGUGUGCGCACAAAUGUCUGUAUCAAAUAAUAAAAAAAAUUCCCAAAUUUGCUAGAUAAAGAAUACAGUACAACACACAAAAAAUGGGUUACUGGAAAUUUGUGUGCAAGAAUUUUUGUUGAAGGAAAAUUAUAGACAGAAGUGUAGUGAAAUAAAAAUUUGGUAGAACUGACUUUUGGUCAAAUGGAACUGGUCGACAAAGAAGUUUGGUUGGACAGAACUUUGGUCAAUUUUUUAUUGAUUUUUGUUUUUAAGUUUUCACAUUUCCAAAGUAUCAUCUCACUGCUCUCAACAACUAGUUUUAUUUUUUUGCUUUUAAAAAGGUCAUUUUUAAUAAGGAGGCCAUUUUGAGUUGCCCUAACCCUAAGGCCUACCCAUUGGGUUGAUACAACUAAUUACCUUUAAUAAAUAGCUUUUGUUGUUAGAAAUUCAUUGUUGUUCCGCUUCACAAAUUCAAAUGAGAUUAUAUGAUAUUCCAUAAAUAAAAAUGUUUAAAUGAUAGCAAAACUUAUCGAGAGUAUGCAUUUUCCAAAACUUUUUAGUUGUUGUUUUCCUAUUUUUACUUAAUUCCCCAAUUAUUAAAUAAUUAGGCUAUUUACAAUGUUUUGUAUUUUUUAAAAUCAAGCAAAAUUCUAUUCUAUUCUCCCCAUUUCUCACUCACAACUCUUAGACUUAACAACAUUAAAAAAAAUGUGUAACAUUUGAACAAAAUUUUGUUGGGUCAAACUUUUGUUCUAACAAAUUUCCCUCGCAAGUCUAAGACUUAACAAUAGCAAACAACCAAAAAAAAAAUAUUUCGUUUCAACCAAAUUUCUGUUCCACCAAAUUUCCAUUCCACCAAAUUUCAAUUUUACCAAAAUUAUGUUCAAACAAAGUCCCGCCAAUCAAUUUUACAUCUAACAAAUUUAUUACAAACAAAUUUCUGGAUACCGUACGAAUAAAAUUAGCAGUUUGAAGAAGUCUUGAUUAGAGUAAUUAGACCCAUUUGAAUUUCAAACUUUUGCACAGUAUUGAAAUGUGCAUGUAAAAUUUAAAGAUGUGUAUUGUAUCUUAUUUUGUUGAUUUAUGACCAUUAUUUUAUUUCCCCAUUUUUCUUAGUGUCAGAGCAUUCAAUUUCAUUUGAGUCUAUUGAUGACAUAUCUAGUGUUCCAACUCUUACACUUAAACAAGCUGGACGACCAAAAUAUGAUAC